GAUUGGUUGUCAUAAGAAAAAUCGGGUAAAAUUAGGAACAUUUGGCAUUUUUAAACUUAACUGGUUCUGACUUAUAAGACACUACUUAGAAUAUACAAUUUUUGGCAACUUCGUAUUCGCGAUGAUAAUUUCCUGUCCCGUUAAGUCUUAUUUCGAACCACUCGCACAAUCGCUCAUUGAAAAACCUUUCAGAAUUACUCAAAUUACUAAAUUACUAUAUUUCAAAAUUUAUUGCAAAGAGUCUUAAAAAGACUUAAGGAUUUAGUAUGUAUUUUUUAAAAAUUGUAUUCUUGGUGUUUUUGGCGGCUUGCGAGUUCCAACGGAUUGAAGCCAAUAGAGAUAAUGCCAGGAUAGUUCUGAGGGACACCAACAAGAAAAGGCAUAGCCAUGGAUGUCAGGAAUUGUUUUUGGAUCUUGCUCUUAGCACAGACUGCGAAAAGUAUGCUAGGAAACUUGCCAAACAAAAAAACUAUACUUAUUCGGAUCCCACCAAUUCAAAAUACUCAGAAAACAUCUGCAAGUAUAAAAUUGUAAGGGGAGGACUUUCAAGAUGUGUCAACGAUUGGUAUCGCGGACAAAAACUUGAUUUUUUAGAUCCCAGAGCAAAGGAGUUUACUGCAAUGAUUUGGAGGUCUUCCAAUUUUAUGGGAUAUGGAGACGCUACCAUAAAUGCUAAUGAAGGCAUAAUGGUGGUCAGAUAUACUCCACCUGGAAAUAUCCGUGGAUUGUACACGGACAACGUGCCUCCCAAAAAAAAGCACAAACACAAAAAUCAGCAUAAAAAUUGUGCGAGUUGUCAAGAUAAUCGAUGUCUCAUUUUAUUAAUUCUUUUUUUUUCAUACCGAUUAGGCUUUUUAUAUUUUAACAUAGGCUAAAAAAUUUUGUAAGCUUAUCUUCCUUUAAAAUUUGUGUACCAUCUUCCUUUCAAAUUAUUGUACCAUAUAAUAAAAUACAUUUUAGUAA